UAUAAUGGGAUCCAAUAUGUGUUGAGGUCUUAGAACCAAUCCAGAAGCGUCAGACCAUAUGUCAGAACCUUCUGAGGAAUGAAUCCAGAAUGAUGUAGAAGCUACUCUCAAUAUCUCUGAGGAAGAAGUACAACAACUUCAAGUUGAAAGAUACGAAAAUACAACAAUUCAUCUCAAGAAAACAAGUAUGGCAAAGAAGCAAGAUGAAGGCAAAGCAGCUCCUCUGGUAUCCCAAAAGACAACCUUAUCCUUCACCCAAAAGUUCAAAUAACUCCCACCCUUUAACCACUCAAAUCUCUUCAAAAUCCCGAAAAUCACUUAAAACCCCUCAAAAUUACCCCCAAAAUGCUACUUUCAAGCCCAAAAUCAACCACACAAACGCUAAGCCAAAAUACCUCGAUUACCUCGAAGGCCACUCAAAAAAUUCUCAAAAUCGGGUUGAAAAUUCUUCCCAAAAUCCCACUCAGGAAAGCCACAAGCGAGUUCUUCGGAAGGGGAAGAAUAAGCAUACGGUGUCAAUGCAGGAGCUUGGGUGCAGGAAGAGUUCUAUUGGGAUUGAAAGCAAAGCUGAGCUGGUAUCGUUAGAAGAGAAGAGAAAUUUGAAGAAAGUUAAGGCUCUGAAUGGGAAAGGAGGGGAUAAGAAAAGAAAAAGAAUGAGUUUGUUCUCUCCAAAGAAGGAAGAACCUCGCAAAAGUACAGAUAACUAUAUUCCAGUUGUAUCAGCUAAUUUAUUGAUUCCCCAAAGAAUGACUUUAGACCAAACCAAUGUAUUCACACCUAAUAAAGCAAAUUUAAACCUAGCUGAAUCUUUCAGCCCUACUGCCCUUGUAAAAGCGCCUUCUCUACCCAAAGUAACUAAAAAGGGAGAAGAUCCUAGACUGUCAGAGGAAUCUACAGGUUCAGUUCCCUUAGUAUCAGCAAGCCUUAUAAAUAACAAAUUUUUUGUUCAUAAAGAAGAGCCAGCAGACACUAACAUUGAGGAGAGCUAUAUGCAAGAAGAUAGAGAAAGCAGGCCUUCCACAGAGGCUGUCCCAAUUGUUAGCUCUAUGGAUGAGCACAGAGCCCCUGAUCUAAACCCUUUUGGUGCAUCUAAAUAAAACAUUUUCACUAUCAA